AAGGAACAGGCAGCCGCUCUCAGACUAUCUAUACCCGGGGAGGUGAUCGCAGUCCUCCCAUUUCCCACAAUGCAGCGGGGAGAGCGGCGCCAGAAUCGUACGGCACACGUCACACAAUUCCCGGAUGAUCCGUACACUGUAUGCGGGGUUUCCAGGCCCGGGAUGACCACCUUGGUGCUCGAUAAUGGGGCCUACACCGCGAAGAUCGGCUACAGCCACGGAGAGGUCAGUGUCAUUCCCAACUGCCAGUUCAGAUCGAAGACUGCCCGUUUAAAAACAUUCACAGCGAAUCAAAUUGAUGAGGUUAAGGAUCCAUCUGGCCUCUUUUAUAUUCUUCCAUUUCAAAAGGGUUAUUUAGUGAACUGGGAUGUCCAAAGACAAGUAUGGGAUUAUCUUUUUGGAAAGGAAAUGUUCCAGGUAGACUUUGGAGAAACAAGCAUCAUCAUCACUGAGCCAUAUUUUAACUUCAGUUCAAUUCAAGAGUCGAUGAAUGAGAUUUUGUUUGAAGAAUAUCAGUUCCAGGCAGCUCUAAGAGUGAACCCUGGGGCUCUCAGCGCACAUAGAUACUUCCAUGACAACCCAUCGGAAUUAUGCUGCAUCAUCGUAGACACUGGCUAUUCAUUCACACACAUUGUACCGUACUGCCGAAGCAAGAAGAAACAAGAAGGAAUAAUAAGAAUCAACGUGGGUGGUAAGCUGUUAACAAACCAUCUAAAGGAGAUCAUCUCAUACAGACAGUUACAUGUAAUGGAUGAGACGCAUGUUAUUAAUCAAGUGAAAGAAGAUGUCUGCUACGUGGCUGCUGAUUUCUAUAAAGACAUGGAGGCUGCAAAAUUAAAAGGGGAAGAUAAUUCUCUGAUGGUGGAUUACGUACUUCCAGAUUUCAGCACAAUCAAGAAAGGGUAUAUUAAGCCAAGGGAGGAGAUGGUGUUCAGUGGAAAGCCAACAGCCGGGGAGCAGAUACUUCGUCUAGCUAAUGAACGAUUUGCAGUACCAGAGAUACUUUUCCACCCGUCUGAUAUAGGAAUUCAAGAAAUGGGUAUUCCAGAAGCCAUUGUGCAUUCCAUUAACACUCUUCCUGACGAAAUGCAGCCUCAUUUUUAUAAGAACAUCAUCCUUACUGGCGGAAAUUCCCACUUACCAGGAUUUAAGGAUAGAGUGUAUUCAGAGGUGCGAAAGCUCACUCCUACAGACUACGACGUGUCUGUUAUUUUACCAGCAAACCCUAUUUCUUAUUCCUGGGAGGGUGGAAAGUUAAUAUCAGAAAAUGAUGACUUUGAAGACAUGGUAGUGACAAGAGAGGACUAUGAAGAGAACGGGCACGUGAUCUGUGAAGAGAAAUUUGAUAUUUAAUUUAUUCUUUGUGUACAGGUUGACUUUUUUUUUUUUCUUUUAUAAACCAUUUUAGUAAUGUAAAUAGGAAUCAUUUCAUGAACAUUAUUUAUUAGAUUUUGAUAACUGCCAGUGCUUCUGUAUUUGUAUGAAUUAAAAAGCCUUCUUUAAAUGG